GGUUACACGGCGUGGAGGCAGCUUGAGACGUCUCGUCCCCGUCAAUAACUUGGAUCAAGUUAACGCCAGGAGUGAGAAAAAGAAAAAGCUGCUGUUUACUGGAACAUCUCAAUGGAUGUGAAACAGGAGACCAGUGAUGUGGACGCAAAUAUCAUGGAGAAAACUGUAAAUAUUAAGGAGGAGGACCAUCAGUGGGAGUCCAUGUACCUUAAACAGGAAAGUCUGAGCAUCAAGGAGGAGAAGAGUGAACUGCAGGCAGUGGGCAUUAAAGAAGAAGCUGAAGAGAUGUCUGUCAGUAUUGAGAUGCAUAACCAUGCACAUCUGGACAGUGCAAAAGAAGACAACCUUCAUGAUGGGUGUCAAGAUGGAGUGGUAACCAGGUUAGACUCUUCUCAAAGCAGACACUGUUCAUCUCCAGAGCCAUCUAUCAAUGUGAAGUCUGAAUCCUUAGAGUCUGAACUGAAGAGGGCUGAGGAAACUACAUCUGUUAGGACUCAGAAAAAUAAGCGACAAGCUACAAAGAAAUCUGGAAAAGGAAAGAAAGAUCACUGCAGUGUGGAAUGUGGCAAAGAAUUCUCUAACAGGAGCCAUCUUCAGAGACACACUACAGUUCACACUGGAGAGAAGCCGUAUUGGUGUAAUGAAUGUGGUAAACAGUUUUCACAAUUAAGCCAUCUUCAGAUACACACUAGAGUUCACACUGGAGAGAAGCCGUAUUGCUGUAAUGAAUGUGGUAAACAGUUUUCACAAUUAAGCCAUCUUCAGAGACACACUAGAGUUCACACUCGAGAGAAGCCGUAUUGUUGUAAUGAAUGUGGUAAACAGUUUUCACAAAUGGGCGAUCUUCAGAGACACACUAGAGUUCACACUCGAGAGAAGCCGUAUUGCUGUAAUGAAUGUGGUAAACAGUUUUCACAAAAGAGCCAUCUUCAGAUACACACUAGAGUUCACACUCAAGAGAAGCCGUAUUGCUGUAAUGAAUGUGGUAAACAGUUUUCACAAAUGGGCGAUCUUCAGAGACACACUAGAAUUCACACUGGAGAGAAGCCGUAUUGCUGUAAUGAAUGUGGUAAACAGUUUUCAAGAAUGAACCAUCUUCAGAAUCACACUAGAGUUCACACUGGAGAGAAGCCGUAUUGCUGUAAUGAAUGUGGUAAAUGUUUUUCACAAAUGGGCGAUCUUCAGAGACACACUAGAAUUCACACUCAAGAGAAGCCGUUUUACUGUAAUGAAUGUGGUGAACAGUUUUCACAAAUAGGCCAUCUUCAGAGACACACAAGAGUUCACACCAGGAUAAAAACACCAAACCCUAACUCACACACUGCAUACAACCCAUCUGUGGACACCACCACGGCCUUUCAGACAACGGGCUCCGUGCAAGAAAAAGAAAAAGCUGCUGUUUACUGGAACAUCUCAAUGGAUGUGAAACAGGAGACCAGUGAUGUGGACGCAAAUAUCUUGGAGAAAACUGUAAAUAUUAAGGAGGAGGACCAUCAGUGGGAGUCCAUGUACCUUAAACAGGAAAGUCUGAGCAUCAAUGAGGAGAAGAGUGAACUGCAGGCAGUGGGCAUCAAAGAAGAAGCUGAAGAGACGUCUGUCAGUAUUGCGAUGCAUAACCAUGCACAUCUGGGCAGUGCAAAAGAAGACUACCUUCAUGAUGGGUGUCGAGAUGGAGUGGUAACCAAGUUAGACUCUUCUCAAAGCAGACACUGUUCAUCUCCAGAACCAUCUAUCAAUGUGAAUUCCUUAGAGUCUGAACCGAACAGGGCUGAGGAAACUAAAUCUGUUAGGACUCAGAAAAAUAAGCGACAAGCUACAAAGAAAUCUGGAAAAGGAAAGAAAGAUCACUGCAGUGUGGAAUGUGGCAAAGAAUUCUCUAUCAGGAGCCAUCUUCAGAGACACAGUAGAGUUCACACUGGAGAGAAGCCGUACUGCUGUAAUGAAUGUGGUAAACAGUUUUCGCAUAUAGGCAGUCUUCAUAUACACUCUAGAGUUCACACUGGAGAGAAGCCGUAUUGCUGUAAUGAAUGUGGUAAACAGUUUUCACAAAUGAGCGAUCUUCAGAGACACACUAGAGUUCACACUGGAGACACUGAGCCGUAUUGCUGUAAUGAAUGUGGUAAACAAUUUUCACAAAUGAGCACUCUUCAGAGCCACGCUAGAGUUCACACUGGAGAGAAGCCGUAUUGGUGUAAUGAAUGUGGUAAACAGUUUUCACAAAUAGGCAGUCUUCAGAGACACACAAGAGUUCACACCAGAAUAAAAACAGUAGCAGUUCAAUGUAUGCCACCCUGCACUGGACGAACUGCGGUGGUCAGCAGCAAUCUGAGAGAAAAAGAAAAAGCUGCUGUUUACUGGAACAUCUCAAUGGAUGUGAAACAGGAGACCAGUGAUGUGGACGCAAAUAUCAUGGAGAAAACUGUAAAUAUUAAGGAGGAGGACCAUCAGUGGGAGUCCAUGUACCUUAAACAGGAAAGUCUGAGCAUCAAGGAGGAGAAGAGUGAACUGCAGGCAGUGGGCAUUAAAGAAGAAGCUGAAGAGACAUCUGUCAGUAUUGAGACGCUUAACCAUACAAAUCUGGACAGUGCAAAAGAAGACAACCUUCAUGAUGGAUGUCAAGAUGGAGUGGUAACCAGGUUAGACUCUUCUCAAAGCAGACACUGUUCAUCUCCAGAGCCAUCUAUCAAUGUGAAGUCUGAAUCCUUAGAGUCUGAACUGAAGAGGAAUGGGGAAACUACAUCUGUUAGGUCUCAGAAAAAUAAGAGACAAGCUACAAAGAAAUCUGGAAAAGGAAAGAAAGAUCACUGCAGUGUGGAAUGUGGCAAAGAAUUCUCUAACAGGAGCCAUCUUCAGAGACACAGUAGAGUUCACACUGGAGAGAAGCCGUAUUGCUGUAAUGAAUGUGGUAAACAGUUUUCACAAAUGAGCAAUCUUCGGGACCACACUAGAGUUCACACUGGAGAGAAGCCAUAUUGCUGUAAUGAAUGUGGUAAACAGUUUUCACAAAUGAGCAACCUUCAGAAACACACUAGAAUUCACACUGGAGAGAAGCCGUAUUGCUGUAAUGAAUGUGGUAAACAGUUUUCACGUAAAGUCAAUCUUCAGAAACACACUAGAAUUCACACCGGUGAGAAGCCGUAUUGCUGUAAUGAAUGUGGUAAACAGUUUUCACAAAUGAGCAAUCUGAAGAUCCACGCUAGAAUUCACACUGGAGAGAAGCCAUAUUGCUGUAAUGAAUGUGGUAAACAGUUUUCACAAAUGAGCGAUCUUCAUAAAAACACUAGAGUUCACACCGGAGAGAAGCCAUAUUGCUGUUAUGUAUGUGGUAAACACUUUUCACAAAUGAGCAACCUUCAGAGACACACUAGAGUUCACACUGGAGAGAAGCCGUAUUGCUGUAAUGAAUGUGGUAAACAGUUUUCACAAAUAGGCCAUCUUCAGAGACACACUAGAGUUCACACCAGGGUAAAAACAGUAGCAGUUUAAUAAUCAGUCCAGAAAAACAAGCCCCCUUCAGGCCUCGAUAAUGAGGUCCAGUCCUGUCCUGUAAAGUAAGCAAACUAAACUAUUGUUGAGAAAUUAAUCUCUGAGAGAAGCCAUAUUGCUGUUUGGAAUGUGCCAAACAAAUCUGUCAUUGGAGUUCUCUGCAGAGACGCACCAGGAUUCACACCGGAGGGAAGCACAACUGGACUGUCCUGACUGAAGAUUGCGGUUCACUCCUGGCUGGACAUUAAGCACAUGUAAUUGACUGGAAUCAAUCCUACUAAGUGUUGUGUCAAAAACAAAUCAACAUAGAGGAGAAAUUGAAGUUUAUAUCCUUUUUCUUUUUUCAGAAACAAAAUAAAGAACAGGGCGUCAUACAAACCGCUUCUUGCCAAAGGCUCUACAGCCUCCACCAUGCGUCUAGCUCUGCUAUCAUAACAUACAUACAGUGGAUCUUCGAGAUACGAGUUUAAUUUGUUCUAGCACUGAGCUUGUAUAGCGAAUUUCUCGUA